AUCUGAGGCCCGAUAUUUUCCCUGCCCCUGCCACGUGUCGGUCAGCCACGUGGAAAAGCGCCGGCACGUAGGCGUAAAGCUCCCGUCCAAGUCCAAGGGCCCCGGUCGGCGCCGAUCCCUCUUUAAUCCUGUCUAUAUCGUCGUCCUUGCGUUUCAUUUCAAUGGCCAUUCUCCCCUCUGCCGGCUGCGGCUAUAUACCUCUCUCUCCCUCUCCGUCCCCUUCUGUUCUUCCACGUUUCUCCAGAGCCUGAACCAAAUCUAGGGGCUUCCUUCAUCUGCUGUCCGAGGGUUGUUUGAUUUUAAUUUUAGGGGUAGUGCGGUCUAAUGAAUUCCGCCGAAAUUUGCCGCGGCAGUUCUUGCCUAGGUGUGUAGUUGUCUUCUGAUCCUUGGGGGUUUUCUUGGUUCUUGAGUUGUGAUCUUCUUCAGGUUUGUCUCCCCCAAUCCGUAAUCAUCCGGCGUCUAGGAAAUUCUUGCAUUAAUUGUUCGUUUUCUGCCUUCCUCCAGCCUGGUUAAGAUAUCGAAAGGGGAAUUUUUUUUAUGUUCCUCGAGGGAGGAAGCAGGGAGACGUAAUUGUUGCAUCUGUUAAAGUUCGAGUGAAAUACAAGCAAAUCCUUGGUAUUUGCAUCCCUUUGCCGGUUCUUUUCUGAUUCGAAAGAACCCCAAUGGGGGAUGUGUCGUUGAAUCGACCCAUUAAAGCCGAGCCAACUGCCAAGGGCAAUCGAGUUCUGGACACGAUGUCCGCCGGGUGGACAGACGAGAGGCACAUGAUGUAUAUAAGCUCUAUGGAGGCUUCUUUUGUCGAUCAACUAUACAAUCACGGAAACCAUCCGCACAAUGCAAAUGGCACUGGCUUCAAGGUUCUCCGCAGGGGUGUGUGGGAGUACAUCAAGUAUGAGAAGACUAAUAAUGCUCCUGUGCGAAGUGGGGCUAAAUGCUGCGUUCCUGCAAAUCCUUGGAUCCAGCAUUUCAGGCCACGUGAUUGCGGUAGUAAUGCACAAAGUGAUGGGCUUGAGGCUUCAGUGGGCGAUCAUGAAUCGGGUACUCAGGCAAACCGGAAGAGCCUUUCGGUGUCUCAUGGAAGGGAAUGGGAAGCUUGUAAGGGAGAACCCCAGCUUCUUGUCGAAAGCACAGAGGUCUCUGAUCAAAAUUUUGCUGAUGAUGAGGCCGAAGUCGAAGCAGAAUCAGUGAAAGCAUGCAAGAGGAAGAGAUUAAGUAGCACUUCGCACUACCGUGAUGAAUGAUCAAGUAAAUUUGCAGGAUCAAUUAGCUUAGCCUGUUGCAAGAAUUGAGAUGACUAUCCUAAACGAAGGCACUCAGAUGAUGGGACAUGUCUCUCAAAAUUUCAGCUGUUGUCUGUUGGUAGCCAAGACACUUUGAAUCCGAAGGAAGGUGUUGAAGGGUAGCUGUUAGUUAUUUUGUGAUAUGAAGAGUACUGGAGCAGCUAGCAUCGGCAUUUUAGUGGAUUAAGUUCUUGUUAUGUGUAUCUGUUUAUUUUGCAGUCUUCAUCAGUAGUGCUGCUUAAUACCUCAUCUCUCUCGUCAGAAGGAUAUUAGGCUAGGUCUCUCUCUACUUGGUGGAUAUAUGUAUUGGUUGAUCCUACGAGUGUAAUGUUUUUUGCUGCAGCUUUUGGGGCAGCUAGUAUUAAAUUUUCAAUAACAGUGAAAUGUGCAUAUACAUGUUUGCCAAA